AUGCGCGCCAACGGCGCUCGCGCGUCGCCGCGCGCCGCGCCGACGCAUCCGAGGCAUAAAAAGCACCGCGCACCGUCGAUUCGCGCGAUCCGCGCGUCCGCCAUCGGGCCGAGCGCGAAGUCAACGAUCGAUGCGUUGAAUGAAAAGUUUGCCAUCCCGGGGUCGGUGACGUUCGAAAACGGUCGCGGUGACCUUCCGACGGCGCUGCUGACGCAUAAAAACGGAUCCACGUCGCGCGUGUACCUAUUCGGCGCCACGGUGACGUCGUGGACGCAGCCGAGCGGGGAUGAGGUGUUGUACGUGCGCCCGGACGCGGCGUUCGACAAGACGAAGCCCAUCGGCGGCGGCGCGCCGUUGUGCUUUCCGCAAUUCGGCCCGGGCGCGAUGCAACAGCACGGAUUCGCGCGAAACGUGGAUUGGGAGGUCAUCGGAACGUCUGCGGACGUGAAUCCGGAUGAUCCGGAACCUGCGGUGAUGAUGCGAUUGAAGCCGAACGAGUACACGCGAGCGAUGUGGGACGAAGCGUUUGAGGCGACGUACGAGGUGACUUUAAGACGGGAGAAGCUGAAGAUGGAGCUGUGCGUGAAGAAUACGAACGAAGAAACGAGUGGAAAAGCGAUUGAUUUCACCGCGGCUAUUCACACGUACAUCGAGGUGACGGAUUGUGCCAACGCGGGGGUGUUCGCGCGCGGUUUGUCGGGAAAGACGUAUCUGGACAAGAACGUCGACGCGAACGAUCCGCCGAAAAAAGUGCAAGAUUCGAGAGACGUGUUCUUCGGGUUAGAUCUCGUUGAUCGCGUGUAUCUUGAUACUGAGCCGGAGACGUUGUUGCACGUCGGGAGUGGGGCGGCGGUGAGCGUGGAAAACACCGCGGGGUGGACGGAUACGGUGAUUUGGAAUCCGCACACGAACAUGAAGGAGUGUUAUAAAAACUUUUGUUGCGUCGAGAGCGCGGCGGUUUCGAGACCGGUCGUCGUGGCCCCGGGUAAGGUUUGGCGCGCGGAAACGAAUCUAACCGUGAUUGACGUCGUCUCGAACGAUGUAUAA